GUUUUCUUCUUUUGAAGUUUCUUCGUUGUUCGAGGGAUCAUGACAUCGUACAGGAGCUACGGUGAUACAGGAGCAUACAGAAGUAGAUCUGGCGUCAGCAUACUCGGUAGAAAUGCUUCCGGUGGAAGUAACCUACCAAGCUGUAGAAGCAGUUAUUCUGGAAUCGGAUCGAGUUCUACUCGAACUGUUGCCAAGGAACGGGCGCUUGCUGGUUUUGGAGGUACUUUUCUUAAAAAGGAUAAAUUCGAGGAGAAACCAGUAUUCAAAUAUUCAUGUACUAAGAAUAUCGAUAAAAGUCGAUUGCAUUCCGGAAGAUCGUCGUCCGAAGACGUGAGGGCGAAAAGUCCGCUAUCUGAUAGUAGGUCGUCUCUCCUUGAGAAGUACUCGUUCUCAGCUGGCAAAACAUCGGAGAGGCCGUCUUCCGUGUUGGACAGAUAUAACCGACCGGCUUCGCGGGAAAAGAGCAGAGAACCCGAAGGAAUAUCGAGGUACGGAUCCAGCACAUAUCCCGGAUCGAGUUUCGGCCGAAGUUACGGUAACGAUGGUAGAACCGAAAAGAAGGACCAUCCGCCGGUUUCCUAUAGAGGAUUACGUCCCAAUUCCGGAAAAACGUCGCGUGAGCCCAGUCCCGAAGUCGGUGUCGGAAAAACGAAUUCUUUCAGAGUCUAUUCACGAGCGCCGUCUUACAGUCGUUCAGCUGCUUCGCCUAAUACAUCCGAAUCGAGCUCAACAAUCUCGAGAUUUUCGGCAGCUGGUUCGCGAUUUCUUUCAUCGCGAAGUGGCAACGAACGAAUGUCCACAACUAUAAACUACUCCGCAGGAGGAAGAUUUCGAAAUUUGAACAAUAAAGCAACUAAUCAAAAAGAAGAAGAAGAAAAAGAAAAAUCAAGGUUUACUAUGAAAUCUGACAAAGAUAGUCACCACGAAUUGUCAAAAACUACAAAUCAAAUAGAAGAGAAUGAAAUCAACAAUAAACUUCCUAAUAACGAGUUUGUGACAUUAACGGUAGUGACAAGAGGUACUUCACCGACGCCUCCAGCUUCUUCGUCCUAUGUCAGAAAUAAACGAGCAGAGAUCAACAUCGUUCAACAAAACGAAGUGAUUAAACAUCGAAAAUUGGCGGAUACUACUGACGAAGAAAUACAGUGUGAUCAAAUGGAAGAACCGUCAAGAUUCUCGAGGUAUGGCAGCAGCAACAGAGCAUCUGGUGUACCCUGGUCAACGUAUUUGGAUAAAUAUUCAAGUGCAUCCUCAACUGGUAAUCCAUCUAUUUAUUCGUCUAGAGGAUAUACUAAUGCGAGCUCUUCUAGUGGUAGACUUAAUAACUUCACAUAUAAGAGAAUGAAAGAAGCAUCGAAAAAUGAAUCUUCUGUCAAAGAAUUAUCAAAUUUAAAUCAAGACAUACAUAAUUCUGAUAAUAAAAAUCAAAAUGAGAAAUUUUUCAGUGAUUUAAGUUGCACAACUAAUAACGAGACUUUAUUAGCGUCUAAUGAUUUGAAGACAUCGUCAAACUGUCAAAAUAUUCAUAGCAUAAAUAAAGACGAUAGAAUUCAUGGUAGUGAACGGUGUUGCUGUGGUGCACGAAAGACUGAAACAAACGGAAGCUCCAACAAUUUAAGAAGUUCCAAUAAUCAGAAUCUCGCUUUUUAUCGCAGAGAGGAUUCAAUAACGAAGGAUUCACAAGAUAAUGAAAUAACAUCAUCGAAACUUAACGCUUACAACGAAAGAAGAGGAUCCAUUUCCAAAUCUGAUACCAACUCUUCUUCUAGAGAAGAAUCUCUUCGAAUUGUCGAAGGGCAUAGUCAAGAUCAAAAUGAAGAAGUUACUUCUCAAAAGCGUGAUAUUUCACAAAGAAAAGAUUCGACAUCAAGCGGUUCUUCGCAAAGUCGUUCAGCAUCGACAUCACAAACUCGGAAUAUACCGAUGAAGAACAUUCCGCGUCAAAUGACGCGAACCGGCUCGUCAGAUGGAUCUUCUGUAAAUAUGCCAAUUGGCAGAUCGAAAUCAUCGUCAGCUAGUUCGGUGACGAGUCAGGGUAUAAAAAUAAAAACGACAACGCCGCCAUCGCCCGGAAAAUCAUCCACCAGUUCGAUCCUAUCGUCAGUGAAUUUACGACAAGGCGGUUCGCCGGACGCGCGCGGCAAACCACCUGUGCCGAAGAAUGAUACUACGACCGCCGCCACGCCAAAGUGCUCCGUGGCAGCGAAGUACGUGAACAAGGAUUUCCGCAAGUCGACCUUGAACAUGGAGAAUGGUGACUUAUCAUGCUCUAAGUACGCGAGAAGAAAAAAAAAUCAAAGGAAUAUUUCCGUCAGCUCUCAGGAUUCUGAAAUGACUUCGGGGCAUAUUCCCCAGACAGUAUCUUCGGGAUCCUUAACCUCAAUGAAGUCUGGACAAUCGAGGUUCAGAAUUCCGUCUGCAGAAUCAAAGCCAAUGCUUGGCAGAAAUAAUUCGAAUGGUUCAACUAAAUGGGAAGAAUCGAAAAGUGGCUCAAAGUCACCUUGCGGAAUAAAAAAGAGGCCUGGGAUCAAUUCCAGUACUAGUAGUCAGUCGACCUCUGUAAAUUCCUCCAGCAGCGAAGAUGACAACGAUCAUACUGACAAGACAGGAUCGAGACGGAGAAGAAAAAGAACAAAAUCGCCUACGCGCGAAGUGAAAGGUAAAAUCAGUGCGGGAUCGUCGAAAACAAGUGUGUUGGCGUCGUCGGCUGAUGAUAUGUCAAUGAUGACGGAAAAACCACCUAGACCACCCUCUAAUCCAAGAUCUAAAAGUGAUCGUUCCGUGAAGACAGAAGAGGCCAAGUCCUUUCUGAUGAGAGCAUUAGCGCCAGUAACAAAUUUUUUUAAGAAUAAAAGUCAAGAUUCCGAUGAUACAAAUAAAUCAGAUGGUUGGGUUGAGUCUUUUGAAGAAAAUUAUGAAGUCAAUAAUAAAUCAGGACAGCCAUCUUCGAAGUCAAUCGGUCAGAAUUUAUCAAAGGAUCCUAGCUUCACUAAUUCCCCAAAGAAUGACGGGAUAAGAGGAAAUAAUAUGAAGAUUCAACAUCAGUCUUCCGGCGAAAAGCCAUGGUGGUUGGAUUCAAAUUCCGAUAAUGUUCCUGAGGGAGUUCAAAGAGCUAAUUCAUGGAACAAUGACAUUAGUCAGGACACAACAGUUAGCACGGCCUUACCGGAUGACGGAAAAUAUAAACUUAAAAUUUGGCGACAAGGAUCAGAAGAAUACGCAUGGUGGUUAGAUGAUGUUGCAACGGAAGAAACAAAAAAAUCACCGGUGUCUUCUAUUUCGAGACGGGGAUCUAGUCGAGGUAGUUUUCGGUCAGCUGAUCGACGAAAUCGUAUCAGGCAUCAGCAGUCCGGUGAACGAGCGUGGUGGAUGAGCGACGAUCCUGAAAACGUUCCGGAAGGCAUCGAGGUUAUUCCAGUGGUGCCUGCUGAUAAUCAAAGUACUAACAACCCUGUCGUUAACGAGAGUAUUUAUUCUUCAAAACCGCUUAAGAAAAUCCGACAUAUUGAAUCUGGGGAGAAGGCAUGGUGGAUGGAUAGCUCCUCCAAUGUUCCUGACGGAGUCGUCAGGAUUCCCGUGGAAAUUCCUAACAGCACUUCCGACUCUUCCGAGUCAUAUGAGAAGAUCGAUAUCGGUAUUAACCCCGAAUCUGAGACAUGUAUUAAAAGAAGUCUCUCUAGAUUUCCUAUCGAAUUUCCACCACCACCAUCCGAGCCGUUAGGAGAUCGUGCUAGUCCAGAAGGGGUCGAAAAUCCACCUGAUCCGCCAGAUAAUUAUGGGGGACGAAAAUCUCCUUAUGAUAAUGUACAAUCGACACCUCGAAGAUUGCCACCACGGAAACGACCCUCUACAUUGCCCUUAUUUAUUGGCGAGCAUACUGAUAUCGAUGAUGUGCUUGGUAAUACUGCUAUGCUGUGCCACAGUCCAGUUCUCUCUCGUGUUCGUAAACAAGAACGUGUUGAAGAGGACAUUUCUGAAGACAGUUCGGAAUGUGAAGAAAUAGAUGCAAACCAGGUGAUUAUUCAUGACGGCACAUUAAAAACACCAAUGAUUCAACGAAGAAAUCGGAUAUUUCUGAAAAUGGGCAAUCCCUCAUAG